UCACUAGCUGAAAGAUCGUUUGACAAAUACUGUAUUAUACCUACCUCACGUUAGUCAAAUUCCUCAACUUUUUCUUCAACAUUUUAGGGAAAAAUCUGACAUUCCACAAGCAUUUUCAACUGAAUAAAGCUCCGCCAUACAGUUGUUUGGUUGCAAGAUAAUGGAGCGAUAGCAAGCUGGUUUCAAGUGGUGCUUCAACGCUUCAAAAUAAUGCUGCGGUCAUGCUGACGUGCGAGAUAUGCAGCGAGGAAAUCUUGUUGGAGGAGGACAUGAAGACGCAUCUUCUCCUAAGUCACCUGGAAAAUGAUGUGCGCUGCCCAUUGUGUUCUUUGUCUGGGGUGUCACACGAUGAACUCGCCUUCCAUAUCGGCGCCGCCCACCCUGACGAACAUCAUGACUCACCUCACUCCUCAACUGGCGGUCCGACUGCAACCAGCAGCAGCAGCUUUGCUGCCGGCUCAGAUUUAGAAGCUAAUGGAUCACGUGGUGCUGAUGAUGCUGAUCCCUUUCCCCCCCGGCACGGUAGUUAUGGCGUGUCCACGCCAAGUGGGGUGUCUGAGGUGGCUUCAGUCGUGGCAUCAACCUCUGGAAGUCCAGCACCAAAGCAGGGUUUUGUCUCCAGCAUUCCUGUUCAGAAAGCGGCUGGAUAUUUAUCCAAACAGAAGAGUCCGUCUUCUACAAAUAAUGGGCUGUUCUCUUGCCCCAUAUGUGCGCUCGUCUUCAGCAGCAGCCUCAUCCUGCAUGAGCAUGUGGAGUUACAUCUGCAGGAACAUCAUGGUGUCCAAGGAGAGGACAUCCAUACGUGCCCAAUGUGCCCCGCUGUUUGCAACGACAGCGUCUCUCUGCAGGAACACGUGGAAGUGCAUUUAGACAGCGGAGCAGGCAGCUCCGAUUCUGACGAAAAGCUGGCCUGGAGACUCCAACAGGAAAUGGAGGAGAAAAGAAAGGAGGAAGAAAAAGAGGAGUUUAAGAAGUUGCAGAGGCAGUUUGGCCUGGAUGGCAGGGGCGGCUAUCGCACGCAGAUGGAAAGAACCAUGGAGAGAGACGUGGCCAGGGGUGUCAUGGCCCCUGCAGAGUAUCACUGUAAGAGGGUGGAGCUGAUGGAGUCUCUUGCCUCUGGAGUUGAUGAUGGCAGGACCAGAACUCAGGGUGUCAUGGCGGCAUUGUACGAGUACUAUCAGUCCGAAUGCAAAGACUGCGUGCACGUGUGGCUCAGCUCAGACACGGAUCACUACUGCUCCUCAACGGGUGACCAAGGCUGGGGCUGCGGCUACAGAAACUUCCAGAUGUUGCUGUCCUCUCUGCACAGACUGGAUGCAUAUGCAUCUGCAUCCUCUUUUCUAGACAAAGUAGUGCCAAGUAUUCCACGGAUGCAGAGUAUGAUCGAGGAGGCAUGGAAAGAGGGUCUGGAUCCUCAAGGUGCAUCCCACUUUAACCAUCGGCUACAAGGAACGCGAGCUUGGAUUGGAGCCACUGAGAUCUACGUCCUACUUACCUAUCUAGGAAUCAGUGGCCGCAUCAUUGACUUCCACCAGCCCACAGGCCCAGGAGGCACCCAUCCCCAGCUCCUUGAGUGGGUCAGACGGUACUUCAGUCAGUCCAGCAGCAGUAGCAGAUUGCCUCCUAGACUGAUCCAGACAUCCCUGCUCCCGCUGUACCUGCAGCAUCAAGGCCACAGUCGCUGCAUCGUGGGUUUGGAGCAGCGGAAGAACGGGAACUUGUGCCUCCUGCUUUUGGAUCCUGGUAUUUCCUCGGCCGAAACCAGGAAGUUACUAAGCAAAGACACCAUUUCCGCAGCUCUGCGCCAUAUCCGAAAACUCCCUGGCAGCCUGAAACAAACCCAGUACCAAGUGGUGGCAGUAGAGGGCAUGUUGUCGGCUGAAGAAAAACGGGUCAGGAUCCUGAACUCUCGGACACUGAGUGCUGAAAGGAUCCCGUGAACUCAAACACUUUUCCCACCAAUCUUCUCACCAAUCUCUUUUUCUUUUAAUAUGAGUAUUACAUAUAUCACUUGAAGAUGUACAGUAUUCUGCUCUAUACAGUAUUUGCUAAUAAAGUUUUUUUUUUU